CCAAUUCAAAAUAAAAUCUAAAACUUGUUCAAUAAAUCAAUUUAUUUGAGUUUGCUUAAGAAUAAUCGACAAGAUGACAUCGUCAAUGCAGCCGAGUAAAUACACGGGUCUGGUGGCCGACCUGAUGCCUAAUAUUCGGGCGAUGAGGUACUCUGGACUGUUUAUGCAUAACUUCACUGGAGGGAGUCUGUUUAUGAAGAGGGUCUAUUCGUCGGUGCAUAUGGUGGUGAUUGUUAUACACAUGGGUUUGAUUUUGGUCAACAUGGCAUUGAAUGCGGAAGAGGUCAAUGAAUUGUCGGGAAAUACAAUUACUACGUUGUUCUUUACUCACUGCAUUGUCAAGUUCGUUUACCUGGCCAUCAAUCAAAAGAACUUUUACAGAACCUUAAAUAUCUGGAAUCAGGCGAAUUCACAUCCUCUUUUUGCCGAGUCCGAUGCACGUUAUCACUCGAUAGCACUGGCUAAGAUGCGAAAACUUUUCUUUCUGGUCAUGCUGACGACAUUUGCCUCGGCGACGGCCUGGACAACGAUUACGUUCUUUGGUGAGAGUGUAAAAUUUGCCGUCGAUAAGGAAACGAAUGCAACCAUCACUGUUGAGAUUCCACGGCUGCCAAUCAAAGCCUUUUAUCCAUGGGAUGCCAGCCAUGGCAUGUUCUAUAUGAUCAGCUUUGCCCUCCAAGUCUACUAUGUGCUCUUCUCGAUGGUACAUUCCAAUUUGUGCGAUGUCAUGUUCUGCUCUUGGUUGAUAUUCGCCUGUGAACAGUUGCAACAUCUGAAGGGUAUCAUGAAACCGCUAAUGGAACUAUCCGCAUCACUGGACACUUACAGACCCAACUCAGCGGCACUUUUCCGAUCUCUUUCGGCCAACUCCAAGUCGGAGCUGAUACACCACGAGGAAAAGGAUCCCACCACCGACAUGGACAUGACAGGUAUAUACAGCACCAAAGCCGAUUGGGGCGCACAAUUUCGAGCGCCGUCCACGCUGCAGUCCUUUAACGCUGGCUCGAAUGGCGGCCCCGUCGCUAAUCCCAAUGGACUCACCAAAAAACAGGAAAUGAUGGUUCGCAGCGCCAUCAAGUAUUGGGUGGAAAGGCACAAGCACGUCGUUCGAUUGGUGGCCGCCAUUGGGGAUACCUAUGGAGCAGCUCUGCUAUUGCACAUGCUUAUCUCGACCAUUAUGCUGACCCUUCUGGCCUAUCAGGCAACCAAAAUCAAUGGAGUUAAUGUGUAUGCCUUUACGGUGAUUGGAUAUCUUGGCUAUGCACUGGCUCAGGUGUUUCACUUUUGCAUUUUCGGGAAUCGUCUGAUUGAAGAGAGCUCAUCUGUUAUGGAGGCUGCCUACUCCUGCCAUUGGUACGAUGGCUCCGAGGAAGCCAAAACUUUUGUUCAGAUCGUUUGUCAGCAGUGCCAAAAGGCCAUGAGUAUAUCGGGUGCUAAAUUCUUUACUGUCUCGCUUGAUUUAUUUGCCUCGGUGCUUGGAGCUGUUGUCACAUACUUCAUGGUGCUGGUGCAGCUCAAGUGAAGGCCAACAACAACAUCAAUAAAAAUAAAAGCAAAAACAACUGCAAUAAUAUUAAAUUUUAUAAAUUGUAUUGCGUUUUUCACACACAACAAUUUGUGAGUUAAAGUUUAUGCAUUAUGUUAGUCUCACAACAACAAUAAGAACACUUAAUCUUGUUAAUCCCAUUAUAGCCCACAUUAUUAACCAGACCGGCUUAAAUAGUAUUAUUGACAUAUUAUUGUAUUAAACAGCAACUGAUAAGCUAUUAAUUAUUCAUUUUGCACAUAUCUUAAUUGAUUUGUUCACUCCAAACUUAUAGCUUUGAUUAUAAACUCAAGACGCUAAACAAAUAAAUAAAUGUGUAGUACAACUUUAA